GGAAUAUACACGUAUUGCCUCGCGUCAAACCUGCGCAACAAUUGCAUAGCACUUGAACCUCCCAUCAACAUUAGUAUCUUGAAAACGGCAAAACUUGGAACUUUCCUACAUCUUUUGCUGGAUUGUAAUCAUUACCCCCUAGCUCAUUAGGUUUCCUUUACGCUGACUGUCCACCAAAUUUAAAUUUCGACAACGAUUUUUCAGGAAAGAAGCCUGUAGACAAUGGUGAAGCUGAGGUAGUACCUCAGUCUUAGGCUGUCACAAUGCUCAGAUACUUGGCCAGACCGUCGUUACUGCGACUGAAUGGCCGAUGGUCAGCCCAAUGGAGAUACAGAAGUACCAUUGCCAAGAAAGUCUCCGACCCUCUCCGCAUUCUGUUCUGCGGCUCGGACGACUUCAGCAGCGUCUCACUGAAGGCUCUCCACGAGGAGAAGGAGCGCAACCAGGACCUGAUCAGGUCCAUUGACGUCGUUGUCCGGCCCCCAAAGCCAACCGGCCGAGGGAACAAAAUCAUCCGUCAUGUGCCACUACAAGGCCUAGCCGAGCAGCUCGGGCUCACCAUCCACGAGCGCGACACCUUCACAGGGUGGCACCCCCCCCAACCAGGCGGCGAGCCCAUCAACCUCAUCAUCGCCGUAUCAUUCGGCCUCUUCGUCCCUCGCCGCCUCCUCAGCGCAGCCCGCUACGGCGGCCUCAACGUGCACCCGUCCCUCUUACCCGACUUGCGCGGCCCAGCCCCGCUCCAGCACGCCCUCCUCGCCGGCCUCGCCCGCACCGGCGUCUCCCUGCAGACGCUCUCCGACGAGGCCUUCGACGCGGGCCUCGUCCUCGCCCAGACCCCUCUCCCCGGCGUCCCCGUCCCCGUCGACUGCACCGUCGCCCGCCUGGGCCAGAUGCUCGCCCCGCUCGGCGCCGAGAUGCUAGUGCGCGCCCUGCGCGACGGCCUGCACGUCCCGCCCCCCGAACCCGCCGGCUGGAUCCCCGGCCCCGAGGACCGCGCCCGCCUGCGUCAUGCCCCGAAGAUCACCACCGCCGACAGGCGCGUCGACUGGGCCGGCGGCGGCGGCGGCGCCGAGCUGGCCGCACGGGCGAGGGUGCUGGGCCCGCUCUGGGGGCGGGCGCUGCACCGCGGCGAUGGGGAUGGCGGCGAGGAGAGGCGGCUCAUCCUGGAGGGCGUGGAGGUCGCGCCAAGGGAGCAGUGGCCGGAGGGGAUGGUGCGGCUACUGAGGGCCGCGGCGGAGGCCCGCGACGGGGCAGCCGAGAACGGCGGCACGGAGGUGGAUGUGGAUGCUGCGGGGCCGGAUCUGGGGGUCGUCACCUGGGUCCAGGAUGCCGCCGGUGAAGGCAACGGCACCGGCACCAGCACGCGAUACGUCGAUAUCCCGUAUUUCCCGGACGGCGAGACCAUCAUCGUCCCGGCGGCCCGGGGCGGGUGUGUCAGAAUACACAGCAUCAAGGUCGAGGGCGAAAAGUCUCGCCCCGCUGCGACAGCUAUCGGGGCUUUCUCUAAGAAACACACCGGCCGUGGUGCAGGGCCUUGGGAUUCGAUUUGGCAAGCGCUUCCUGGCGCCGAUGCCCUCACGCUCCCAAUCGAGGCUGGCUUAAAGCAUCUACUGCCGUGAUCUAACAACUAGAUGGGUGCGUAAUACGGACACCACUGCGGUCACCGUUAUCCUGACUUACACCCUGGCUGUACAGGCACACCCCUUUCACUCGGAAUCACUUGCCGAGUUGAUACCCUCCAUGAACUAGUUUCAUUCCCC